AAUCAGUCUUGUGUUGUGUUGUGUGUGAAAAUGGACAUUCAUUAGUACUCUCAUUUCUAGAUGUUAAGCAAUUUUGGAAUCAUUUCUCAUCAAAAAGUUUGCAUCUUUAUGUUGGAAUCUUUUUGGUGAAUUUGCUAUCUUUAUAUUUGGAAUCUCCGAUCUAAUGGCCGCGAUCACUGAGACCCUAGUCACUGAUGAUGUUGGUGAGGGAAUUGAGAAGAAGAGCUUGGUGACGACUGAUUCUAAACCGGAAUCUGAAUCCAAACCUGAACCGGAGUCUGAUCAAAUGAAGAAGCUGGAGGCUUUGUUCAAGAAACUGAACCCUGAAGCUAAAGAGUUUAUCCCUUCUUACAAGAAGCAUUAUCAGUCUCUGUCUUCUGAUGAUUUUGCCAUCACUACUAAGAAGCAAUCUAGUGGUGAAGAAUUCAACAAAAAAGAUGGCUGCAAGAGAAGAAACGAUUAUAACCAAGGGAGGAAAGUUAGGUUAGCUGGAAGAGCUUACAAGGCUCAAAGAGAGGAUAGUAUUAGAAGAACAGUCUAUGUCUCCGACAUUGAUCAGAGUGUAACUGAGGAAGUCUUAGCUGGCUUGUUCAGCAGCUAUGGACAAGUUGUUGAUUGUCGUAUCUGUGGAGAUCCACAUUCAGUUCUUCGCUUUGCCUUUGUUGAGUUCUCUGAUGACCAAGGUGCAAGAGCUGCUUUAAGUGUGGGUGGAACAGUUAUCGGUUAUCACCCGGUUAGAGUCUUGCCUUCAAAGACUGCUAUUCUUCCAGUGAAUCCCACAUUUCUCCCCAGGGUAAAUGAUGAAAGGGAGAAGUGUACAAGAACCAUCUACUGCACUAAUGUCGACAAGAAUGCCACUGAAGAUGAUGUCAGAACCUUCUUUGAGUCUGCCUGCGGUGAGGUUACUCGCAUAAGGCUUCUUGGCGAUCAGUUGCAUUCUACUCGCAUAGCUUUUGUUGAAUUUGCCGUGGCAGAGAGUGCAGUUGCAGCACUCAACUGCAGCGGAGUAGUCUUAGGAUCUCAGCCCAUAAGGGUAAGUCCGUCAAAGACACCAGUGAGAUCAGGAUUCAGUCGAUCACCAUCCACAAACUAGGAGAGAAACAGAACCCAAGAAGCUUUGUUGAUGAAGGAGAGUGAUAGCAACAAACACUUCGUUUUUACUUUUUUUCAUUUGUCAUUUUAAUUAUUUUCUAGAGCAGAGUUCUGUAGUAUCUGGAGACAAAAGCAAGAAACGAUGGAACAUUGCUUCUGAGUUCUUGUUCUGAGACUCAUUUGAGCAUUUAAACCUUCUUUCUGAGAUGGAAACUUCUGGUUUCAUUUUUAUUCA